AAAUAAUAGAGCUUGUCCCACUGGCCACUGGGGGCCCUUCAACAUCAUCUUUCUAAUUCUCUCCUUUAUCCAUUGGAUCUCAACAAUCAAAUCUUCACUCCCCUUCUUCUACUCUAAUCUAGGGCUGAUUUCCAACCUCCCUCCCUCCCUCUCGUAAUGCUGACCUCGCCGCGUCUCCUUCCCUUCUUCCUCCUCCUCUGCGCCGCCGUCUCCCUCUUCCCCGUUUCCGCCACUGACCAUAUCGUCGGCGCCAACCGCGGCUGGAACCCCGGCAUCAACUACACUCUCUGGGCUAAUAACCACACCUUCUACGUUGGCGACCUCAUCUCAUUUAGGUAUCAGAAGAACCAAUACAAUGUGUUUGAGGUGAACCAAACAGGAUACGACAACUGCACAAUAGAGGGGGCGUCUGGAAAUUGGAGCAGUGGCAAGGACUUCAUCCCUCUCGACAAGGCCCAAAGGUACUACUUCAUUUGUGGCAAUGGACAGUGUUUUAAUGGCAUGAAGGUGACCAUUCUUGUUCAUCCUCUUCCUCCUCCUCCAUCUUCUCCGCUUGCCAUGGAGCAUAACUCGCCCUCCUCCGCCACACCCUGGGUGGGUUCUAGACAAUGGGGGUUUCGUGCUUUGCUCAUCUCUCUGGCUAUGAUUUUGCUUGGAUCUCACUGGAUUUAGUUGAUCCAUGGGUGGGCUGCGGUGGGCGAUGCAGAGGUCUUGUUGGUAAUUAAACUAGUAUUAGUGUUGGAUUUGUUGUUUUCCUUUUUGAGAUUUCCAGAUUUGGCAACAGUUUGGCUGGAAAAAUUGGGAAUGUGAGGGAACAUUGUUUGAUUGUUUGAUAAUUUGUGGGGUGGUUUUGAUUGUUUGGUUUGUUGUAAUUUGUAAUGACAUUAUGACAAUCAUAUCCGGGUUUAAAUUCCUCAGUUGGCUCCAAAA